GAUUUAAUUUUCCAUUUUCCAUUUAGACUCAAUGAUCUUUGACUUUGUCUCUUCCAACAAUUAAAUAUUUAUAAUUAAUUUGAUUAAUUUAAAUUGAUUUUCUAUCUAAAUGGAUAAUCCAGAUUACUCUUCAUUGGGAAGUUAUGCUGAUUUUGGUGAUUCACAUUUUGAAAAUGGUUCAUUUGAUCGAUUACCUCCUUAUCAAAGUACACCUAGGCGAGUUAAUCUAGUCGAUCUUCGGAAACCACGAUCCAGAUCUUUUGCCUCAGGAAAUAAUGACCAUGAAGAAAGGAUAACCUCUUAUGUUAUCAAUGUUGUUGAUUUGCUUUCUGAACAUGUUAUUUUUCAUCCUUUAGUUGUUAUUAGACGUCAAUGUCAAGUUACCCGUUUUUCCAAUCGUUACCAUUUGACCCCUUUAACAGUUAUACCCUUACUAUACAGACUACGAUCUACUCAAGGAUCUGGAGCUUUAUGGAAAGGAUUAACAAGUAAUCUAAUCGUUAAAGGAUUGUACUUAUCUUGUCAGUCUUUUAUUGCCGGUGCUUUUGGCACUGAAGAGAAUCUCAUCUGUAGAGGUUUAGCUUCUAUAUUGGCAAGUCCAUUUCUUUGUUCAAAUUCAAUUGAAAUUGUUCAAUCUUCAAUCGCCAGUGAAACUCCGGGUGUAUUUGACUGUUUAAAAGAAGGUCUAACUCGAUUAACUCAUUGGAAUUCAAAUGGAACUCGCUUAUUAACUUUCUGGUCAUUAUGUAUUCCAACUGCUGGUUACUUUAUCCUUCACUAUCAAAUUAGCUCGAAUGUCACUGGAUUAUGUUUUGCUCUGAGUAGAACAAAACAAGACUCUGAUUCAUAUAAAGCUACAAUUAUUAAAUUAAUUGGAAAUUUAACUGCAGACAUUAUCCUUUACCCUCUUGACACAGUAAUUCAAAGACUUUAUCUCCAAGGAACUCGAACAAUAAUUGAUAAUAUUGACACUGGAAAUACAGUCUUACCGGUUAUAUCUGCUUACGAAGGAGCUCGAGAGUGUUUUCAAACUAUUGUCAAAGAAGAGACAACAUUAGGACUUUACAAAGGCUUCGGUGCUUUAGUUUUACAAUAUUCGCUACAUUUUAUGUUUCUCAAUUUAGCUCGAUCUAUUUGUCGAAAAAUAAUCGCCUCAUGAACCAAUCAACUCACUGUGAUUUAAUGAUUCAACCAAAAA